AUGCCGCGUCUUCCCUCGACACUACUACUGGGUACACUCUGCCUCCUCACAAUCCUCCUCCUCCUCCUCCUCCUCGCGACUCCAGCAUCUGCAAAACGCGUCCGCUGGCCCGCCCCCCCGUCCAGGAGCGUCGCCGAGAAGGAGCGCUUUGGAGACCUGACGCCCGCGCAGGCGUGUCUGCCCGACGCCUGCUGCUGCGAGCCUGGGUUCUGCAGUACUAGACCUUCCUACUUCCGGCCGAAGCGGUGCAAGAGGAAUUGCGAUGAGCUAAAGGGUGGGAAAGCCGAGUGGAAGCGGAGGGUGGAGAAAGUGCGCAACGCAGAAAUUGCGCGUGGACGUGAUCAAGAGAUCCUGAAGAAGGCGCCCAAGAACCCCCAGCCCUCCACUCCCCCCAAGCAGAAGAAGACCAAUAACGAGCAGCAAAAAUUAAACGCACCCUCACCCGGCGGCGACUCCAAAAAGAAGGCCAGCUCCGAGUCCCUCGGCCGCAUCGUCUUCACAGGCCCCAGCAAUGCUCUCUCAAACAUGGACCUGAUCAACGCCGGCUCGCACUGGCACUUCCUCACCUGCGAGACCCCCGGCACCUCUUCCAAGACGCGGCAGACCGUGCGUGUCAUCUGUACAACUGCUGGCGAGGCCGACAGCAACUGCGAUAUCAUCUACGAAGACGGGGUCGAGGGCACGGUGGUCAAGAUCCCGAGGGGUUGCUUUGAGGGUGAUUAUGCGGUGCUGCAUGGGAUGGUUGAAGCAGAGGACCAGAGCGUGCCAGAGGGGAUCAAGGGCGGAAAGGUCAUGGAGAUGACGUUUGAUUACAAUUUUGGGAGUGUCAAGGAGACGGAGGAGCCGGUGAGGUUUAGGAUCGAUUUUAGUAAUGUGCCGGGGUACAACGAUGCGAUGGAGGGCUUUGGAGGGAUCUAG